AGCGCUAGUAUAAUUGUUACCGCUCUUCCCCUUUCCGCACUAACCGUACUUUUAUCUUAGUGUUUGAUGGAAGGUUGCCUGCUAAGUCGAGUAUCUGAACCCUACGGAGUAACCAGUGCUGCAGAGCAACUCCAGAGUCUCCUUGACAACAAGUGUCUGCCUCUCAUGUUCCCCACUACACCUACCAUCAAGAUGAACGAUGUUAUAUCGUCCCUUCUGCAGUAUAAGGCUGAUCUGUGUGCGGGGACAGUUAAAACAGAGCCUCCCUCUCCUCUGUACUCUCCGGACAAGAAGACUAACAAACCAACAACCUCCCCGGAGAAACCCUCUCACCUAGCACCCGGUGUCACGUCACCUGUCACCCUGACCAGUACCUGUGCUAGCCUGCUUUCCAGCAGUGGUAACCCGCCCAGCUCCAGUAUGAUGCAGAGCAGUGCUAGUUUCCUGCCCUCUAGCUCUAAUACUGGACUUCUUUCUUCUAACAGUGGCUUGCUGCCAACUAGCUCCAUGUUACCCUCAAGCACUGCUCUGUUCUCCAGCUCCUCCAGCUCCAGCAGUCAACUGCCAAGACCCAGUCUCCUUCAGAACAACACUAUUCUAUCAGGAACCCCCCUCAUACCCUCCACAUCCCUCCUCCCCAGCAAUGGACUGGUCCCCAACACCUCCAUCAUCCCCAACAGUUCGCUGUUAUCUAACAGCAGUAACAUGCUGCCCCACAGUGCUGGCAAUCUUCUUCAGGGUCCUAUGUUCACAGGGUCCAACAGUUUCAUCAACACCAGCUCUCUUCUCAACGCUAAUCAGCUUCUUGCUAACAAGAUGUGCGACAUGACCAAGAAAGUUGAUAAGACUGUCACGAACCCGUCUUCUUCCAAUCCCACAGUAAAUAACGGGGUAAAGAUAUUCCAAACUAAACAGGGAUACACACUUCUAAUCUGUAACGGAUACCGGUACUCCAAAAUCAGUACGAGCAGUAACGGUAAGAAGGUGUACUGGAGAUGCACACUGCGAAGCUGCAAAGGUAAAGUGCACACUGAUGUGGGUGGAGGUGUGGUGUAUGAGAGCACACAUGAUCACCCCCCAAUGGCAGAGGAGUUCUUGUUUAGUUGUCAUAGCAACAGACUUGCCAAGGAAGCUAGACAAAUAAUGAGAUUUGAUCCAAUGAAGGCACUAAAAGACGAAAUACCUUAUUCAGCUUUGGAGUCAACACCAACAUUCUGUAAAAUAAAAGAUAGACUGAACAUUAAGAAGGGCAGCUCCAGUCCCGACCACCCCAUGGUAACAGAAUCAGGGUCACCUCUGAAGCAAACCUUCCCAGUCCCCUCCUCCCCCCUUCCAGUUAUUAAUCUGGAUCAUAAGGAAGGUGCUAUAACAGUACAAACAACAACCUGCGAUCUGUUAACAGAGCUGAAUGCACUGCGCUUGACGCACCACCUGUGCGAUGUAGCACUCUGCGUUAACGGGACCCUGAUCUACGCACACCGUGUUGUACUCGCAGCUGCAAGUCAGUAUUUCCGACUACUGUUCCUGGCAAACACAAAGCUUUUGAGCUACAUCGAGCUGAGGGGAGUUGAUCCUGAGUCGGUGGAACUAUUAGUGAACUUUGCUUACACAGGCUCACUGAACAUAAACUACAUCAGGGUAACAGAAAUGCUGACAGCAGCAAACCUGCUCCACUUCACUCCAAUAGUUGAGAAGUGCUGUGAGUACCUCCGCCGGAAGAUCACCCCUCAGAACUGCAUCCGUAUGAGAGAGUUCGUGACGCUGCAGGGCUUGACCAAACUACAAGCAAUCCUUGACAAGUACAUAUGUAACAACUGGAACAGAGUUAUUGAGCACGAGGAGGUGUACGACGCAAGGCCUGAAACUCUCCUCUUUUUCCUGGGUAACGACGAUCUGGUGGUGCAGAAUGAGACUGAUGUUUACCAAGUCAUUAUUAGAUGGGUCCGCCGUAGUCCUUUAUACAGACAGUUCUACGUGGUUGAACUCCUAAGAAAAGUACGGCUAGUCCAACUAAACGCUCAGUUCCUGUUAGACAACAUAGAGACUGAGGAACUUGUGAGACAGCAUCGUGAGUGCGAGUCUCUUCUUCACCAGGCUAAAAACCACUUCCUGCUCCCCGAGAGGGACCAUGGACUCGAGGAUUACCAUUUCAGAAAAAGGAAAAGGAAACAAAACGUCUGCUUGCUGGGAACGGAAAACUCACGUACCAUAGCCUACGAGUACGAUACUUCCCGCAACAACGCUUGGGAAGUCUGCUCGACUGAACUGCACAGAACUCAGUACUGCCUUCUCAACGCUGCUCAGUCCAUCUACGUUAUCGGAGGAAUGAAGACAGAAGGACUACCAAGUGGGGAAGUAAGCAGUUACAAUGUUUCUACAAAUACUUGGAACACUUCACUCUGUCAACUCAGCCAUCCUCGGUCACAGGCUAGCGGUGUAGCAGACGAGACAGGACUAUAUGUUAUCGGAGGAAAAGGAAUAAACGGCCUGCUGAGUGACAAAGUGGAGCACAUCUCUCUCCCCUCCAACACUGUUACCACUUUACCACCCCUACCACACGGUGUAGCUGGAGCUGCUGUCUGCUCUGUGGGGGAUAAUAUCCUGGUAUUUGGAGGUACGUCAGCGGGUGGUGCAAGCGAUCAAGUAUUCGUUCUCAACAAAUUGCUAAACCUGUGGAAAACUGUUGCUCCAAUCCCUGAAAAGGUGGAGUCGCCCUCCAUUUUCCGGAAUGUUGAUGAAAUGAUCUACGUCCUGACCGGAACUAACAAGCAGUUCAGGUACAACGUACUGUUGGACACUUGGGAAGCAGUUGCCCAACUAGAACAAGAUCCCUCCACCGAGGAGAGCAGGACUCUCAUCUCCACCUCCCUGGACGGGGAUCUCUACGCAAUGAGGACCCGGAACAGCAAACUCUUCCUAGACAAGCUGGAGGGAGCAACUCUGACCUGGGCACCUUGCUGUUCUGUUGACAUGCCCCUUACUGUCCAGGCUAUGUGUCCUAGGCCUAUGACUGCGUCUUGAAGACAAUUAGUGGAGGUUAUCGCUUAGGACUAGCGAAGUUUGUUAAAAUAAGGGCGUCAAAAGUAGCCCCGAAGGACUGAAGGAGUGCUGUUGCGACUUGUUAGAUAAGUUUGUCAAUGGAUUGGAUCUUUAAGAUUUGUAUCUUGUAUUACGAUUUUCUUGUAGUUUUUUAUCGAUAUAUUUAUGCUUCGAUUUCUGAAGUUGUUGGUAAUUUCAUGAUAUGUGUUGUAUUGCCCUCCUAUGAAAUACCGGAGUUUAUCUCCCGUGUUGUUUGCUUUACACUUUAAUUUAAGAGUUUUAAAGUGUUAAUUUGUUUAAGUUGAAUAUUUAUAUUGGUUUGCCACUUUGUGAUUGCUAUUAAUAGAAUUGUAUUCUCGCUGAAACGGUGCGUAUUUGGUAUUCAGCUCCUUUUAUUGUCGUCCCAAAGCUAAAGAUAUUAUCCAUACACUUUUAUCGAGGUAUUGCCCUUCAAUAUUCGACUUCGUGAGAAGAUUACAGACUGAUAUUUGUGCUUUUCAUAUUACAGGAGGUUAUUUGUCUUGUAAAAUGCAAAUCAUAUGUUCAUAAAAAUACGAACACGGCCUGUUUUACAUAGAUCCUGGAAUAUGAUUUGAGUUGUUAAAUCUGAAUCAUUAUCUGCAAUUCAUGGAAUGUAUUCGUGAAUAACUUUUUCUUAGCAUUCCACAUUUAAAUUUAUAAGUGUCGACACAUUUUGACACUCGAUAAAAUGCUAAAAUAAUUUAACAUAUUCGUUCGAGUCAUUUUAAGCACGUAGUGCGGAAAGCAAGUUUAAGCUGAAGUUGCUUCUAGUUAUACUUAGCAACUAGAUAGACAGAUUUUCAUCUACAAUCUACUGCUGUUAAUUCUGAUAAAGUAAAACUUUUAGUUUUAGGGUUGUUUAAUGAAUGUCGUCUUUUUACGUAAUUUGAUUGAAUCUUUUUAUCUCUUAAAUGAUUAAA